AUGUCCUUCUUUGCCGACCUCCCUGCCUGUCGUCGUACUUUGGGACUUGCCGGACAUGCGUCAAAUGAUAACAUGUGUUCCAAAUGCCAUUUACCCAGGCAUCAGAUCAAUUCUCUCGACGUUAGCCGCGUCCGCAAACGAAGCGAUCAGGAACACAAACAAAAAGCUCUAAAAGCGCGUGAUGCAGGCAGCUACACCGCUCGUCAACAGAUUUACAAGAGCAAUGGGAUCAGAUACUCCAAACUUUGUGAAUUAGAUUAUUGGUCUUUAAUUGACAACCAUGUCAUUGAUCCAAUGCACAACCUCCUGCUUGGAGUUUUGGCAUGGCACUGUAAACGCAUUUGGGGAAUGACCAAGGUUGAUAACGUUCAAUUGGCCCCUCCUCCCCGCAAAGGCAUAAACUUGAUAACAGAUAGGCUUCUUUCACCUGAACGCCAACCUGUAACCCCAUCCAAUCAUGAAGAGACAGCAAGAAAUGAUCAGAACAAUCUUGCAGCCAAAGGCAUGGAUGGUAAUUUUAACAACGCCAGGCAUUUCUUAGAUAUAUCAUUUGCGUCCACCGAACCAGACAAUGCUGACUACUUGGCGCCUGGUGAAGAGUUUGACGUACCCAUGACUCAGGCCGUCUUCGAUUCUGACCUCCCGGCCUAUGUCAAUCAACGUUUGAAUCGGAUACGUCUGCCCACUUCCAUCUCACGAGGUAUCCCGAUUCUUGGCCAGGCCUCUUAUGGCAAACUUAAAGCUGACGAGUGGCGUAAUCUGUUUACUAUACAGCUCCCUCUUUGUCUGAUUCCCCUCUGGAACCGCCAAGAUGCAUAUCAACAAGCACUUCUGAAGAAUUUUUGCCACUUGGUUUCUAUGGUCAACAUUGCCCUCAAGCGCACCAUGACUUCUGAUCAAAUAGCCCAAUACUGCUUAUACAAUCGCGCAUACCUUGAAUCCACAUUGAAACUAUUUCCUGACCUCCCCCUUACAACCAACCACCACAUGUCAACUCACAUUGCCGAAGGCCUGGAGCGAUACGGCCCUGUCAGAGCAUCGUGGAGUUUUCCUUUUGAAAGAUUCAUGGGGCAAGUCGUCAAAAGCUGUCAUAACAAUAGAAUUGGUGUGUUUUAA